AUGCAGGCACCGAAUGUUUGGAAUUUCGGAGCAGGUCCCGCAAAAAUCCCAACCUCAGUGUUACAACGAGCACAGGCCGAAUUGUUAAAUUACAACAAUAAUGGAAUGUCGAUUAUGGAACUUUCGCACCGCUCCAAGGAAUUCGAUAACCUUAAUAAUAAAACUCAACGUGAUUUACGUACUUUACUCAACAUUCCUAAUAAUUAUAAAAUUUUGUUCAUGCAAGGUGGUGGUAAUACUCAAUUUGCCGCAAUAGUUUAUAACUUAUUAGCUGCAAAAAGACAUCAAUUAGAUGAAGACCUUGAGGAAGAAUUCAAUCCACCAUUGGAUUAUUUAAUCACGGGCUCCUGUGGUUCAAAAGCAGCAUACGUUUAUUAUUGUGAUAAUGAAACAGUUAACGGGGUAGAAUUUAAUCAUAUACCAGAAAUUGAUCCUUCAGUACCAUUAGUUUGUGAUAUGUCUUCAAACAUCCUCUCACGUCGUUUUGAUGUAUCAAAAUUUGGCGUUAUUUAUGCGGGGGCACAAAAGAAUAUUGGGGCAGCUGGUUUAACCGUUGUUAUAGUUCGGGAUGAUUUAUUAAUAAGAUCCAAAAAUUUUGAUAACAAGAAUUCUGGUAUUCCUAUGAUUCCCUCUAUGUUAGAUUACAAGAUAAUGGCAGAUCAUAAUUCGCUUUAUAAUACUCCACCAAUGUUCUCAAUAUAUAUUUCAAGUUUAGUAUUUGAAUGGAUGUUAGAGUUGGGAGGGGUCGAGGCGAUUGAAAAAACUAAUUUAAUUAAGGCCAAAAAACUUUAUGAAACAAUUGAUAAUUCGAAAAUUUAUAAAUCACCCGUUGAAAAAAGUGUAAGAUCAAGAAUGAAUGUACCUUUCAGAAUUCAACGAGAAGAAUUAGAAAGCGAGUUUUUGAAAGGAGCUAUCGAGUUAGGAAUGUUACAAUUAAAAGGGCAUAGAAGUGUCGGAGGAAUCAGAGCUAGUAUUUACAACGCUAUGACUUUGGAAGGUGUUGAUUUUUUAAUCGAAUAUAUGAUGGAAUUUGAGAAAAAACAUUCCCAAUAA